ACCUCGAAGCCCGAGCUCGAACGCGGUGCGAAGGCGAGUAGAGAUGACGUCAGGCCUUUAAACGACGCCGUGUUGUCAGCUGCUGGGAAAGACGACAGAAGAGAGAAGCGGCCGCGUUUGCGUCUACUCCGUGGGCAAGUUCGCGUCGUUUUAAGCAUUCGCUCCGGGGGCCGCGAAGAUGCUGAGCCACGUCCCGUAAGCGAGAGCCUCGCCGAUACCGACGCCGGGAUAACGGACCGCUCGAAGCUGCUCAGGCGGCAGCCGACGCGUCCGCCAUGAACGUGGGUACGGCACACAGCGAGGUGAACCCCAACACGCGCGUGAUGAACAGCCGCGGCAUGUGGCUGUCGUACAUCCUGGGCAUCGGCCUGCUGCACGUCAUCCUGCUCAGCAUCCCCUUCGCCAGCGUGCCCGUUGUGUGGACCCUCACCAACCUCAUCCACAAUCUAUGCAUGUACCUGCUCCUGCACACGGUCAAAGGGACGCCGUUCGAGACCCCGGACCAGGGCAAGGCCCGCCUUCUCACGCACUGGGAACAGAUGGACUACGGCGUGCAGUUCACCGCCUCACGGAAGUUCCUCACCAUCACGCCCAUCGUCCUGUACAUCCUCACCAGCUUUUACACCAAAUACGACCGCGUGCACUUCGUGGUCAACACGGUGUCGCUGCUCACCGUUCUCAUUCCCAAGCUGCCGCAGCUGCACGGCGUCCGCCUCUUCGGGAUCAAUAAGUACUGACUGCGUCUUCUCGGAGCGCGUCACCACCCCGCCCCCCAGGACAGACGCCGGCGCGGAGGACAAAGUGCGGGAAUGUCGUCGACUUUUCGGACCGGAAGCCUUCAGGCGCGAUUAGAUGCUAGUUAGCACGUUAGCGUACGUUUCUCGGACGAGCGGGGGCCGCUCGUGCCAGUAGAGGAGCUUCCCAGCAUGCAUCAGUGUGCGGUACGCUCGCUGCCGCGCCCGCUUUUGUUGCAUUUCAUGUUGACGUUUCAUAUUUAUUAUUAAUAUUGUUGUUGUUUAUUUCGGCGCACCCGCCGUCGCCAUUUAAAGGGCUGAAAUGGAAGAUUUGUUUUCACAAUGGAGGUUGUUGGCAAGCGAUCAUGUGAUCUUGUGUAAAAAUUAUUAUAAAUAUAUACAGUAUUUUUCAAGCUCA